AUGUCACAAGCAAAGCCAAUAGCGAAGUACAUCAUCUCUCGCUCUGCAGAUCCCGUAUUUGCGGUCUCCAUCGGCAUAUCUGCUGCGCUUAUACGCAUUCGAAGAGAGGAGAAUGAGAAGCGCCUAGGCUUACGAUCAUCUUCUAUAGUGGUCAGCCCGGAGCAACAAUCAAGAUUGGAUGCGGAGCGUGAGAGCGAACGGGCGGUAUACCAAAAGAGCUCAGAGAUGCAUGAGCCUAGUGAAGGUGCCAGCAAGGACAGUAUUGGGACUUCCAACUUUGGCCUCGUACAUCCGCAAUACCCAGAUACGGCCAGUGUCAGUUACGCCGAUAUCUUGUCGUUGGGUUGGGAAAGAAUCAAAUGGAAAGCCGACUACGAAUGGAAUGGAAAAGGUAAAGAGCUCGAAAGGGGGGACGGAAGGAUGGUAUAA